AUGGUGCACACAAAAUCUGACCAGCUGGAGUACUUUACGAACAGCAAGAACCAGAACAAAAGAUUCUUUUGUCAGCCUGCGCUGAGCUUAUUUGAACACUUUAUAGUCUAUCAAACAAUUCCUCAUGAGAGGUGCGAUAUUGUUAAUUCACUAGAUAAGUAUUUUCAUAAAGACAUGCCAGAGAAAAGUGAAACUCAGGGAUUUACGCCAAGCUUAUUUAAAGUGGUUGAGGCUUCAUGGAUAACAGAGCAUGCUGAGGAAGAGGAUGAUUGUAGCAGAAAAACAGAAUUCCCCAGUUUGAAUGAGUAUGAAUUGGCGUAUUAUGACAUAUGGCAGCUGAACUUCAUAAAUACAUUACUGCGUCAUCAAGUAGAUGUAAGCCAGUACCUUGCUAUACUCAGACAAGUUACGUGUUUAAAACUAACAAAGUUGUACGACCAUAAAAGUACUUUGGAGGGAGCACUGAAAAUAUUGAAAAGGCAUGCCUCUAUUUCCACUGCAUGCCAUAAUCUUGUUGGCAUAAGACAGAACGAGUUUUUGUUUUUUAAGGACUAUGUCAAGGCAGUGACUGCAAAUGUAGACAACCAAAAUAGAAUAGAAUUAAUACCUAACAACAUGUAUAAAACCACACUCCACCAGCAGAUAGAGGCAGGCCUUUGUCUGGCAACAAAGCAAUGGAUUCAUGAGAAGAGCAUGCAGGGCAUGCGGUGGAACAAAAUUAUGGAGUUCAUUGACUGCAAAGAGAACUUCAUUUCCACCACUAUUAUAAAAGAGCGGGAGUUAAAGUAUCAGAUAAGCAAGGUCCAAGUGCCCACUCAAGAGAGUGAAGAUUCGUAUGUUAAGAUAGAAACCAGCACGCAAGAGAUAAAGGAUGAUAUACCAGAGACCAGCAAGCCGAUCUCAAAGGAUACACCGCCCACUGAAACCGGCAUGUAUUGCACACACCACAGAAUAAACACGCACGAUUCAAUCGAUUGCUAUGCACUGAACAGCAGAGCAAAAAAGCCGCAGGCACCUCCAGAGAGUACAUUUAGUAAGCCGCAGAAGUCUAUUACUUGGACAAGCACACAGAGGCCUGUUUUAAGUGGAACCUUCCCUGCACAGCAGAAUGAUGAAGACAUAGGAAUACCGCAUGCGAGAGGCGUAAUAAAUGGAGUGAGCGUGCUUUUCAUGCUAAACGCAGGAGUAGAUGUAAACAUUAUGACAACUACGGCCCAAAGUUUACUAAACCUGCCAGAUCUGUUUGAUGGAAAGGGCAAAAGAACCAUUCAAAGUGUAACAGGCCCAGUAGAACUAUCCUCAAUGUAUACGCAGGCAUUUAUACAGCUGUCAAUAUACAGCCAGUGCCAGUCCACACAGAAGUUCAUGCUAUACCCAAGUAAGGAAAUAAGAAUAACUUUAGGCCUCCCAUGGAUACGAAGCAACUACACAAUAUACUUACUCCAUUUGAUCCCACAGGAAAAGAGAAGAGAAGUUAUAUCCAGUCUGUUAAAGCAUCAAAUAUCUAUGAUAUAA